CAGUCUGUCAGUGCUAUUUGUCAAAUCAAUGUGAAUUCUAUGGUAGGGAAAUUACCGCAACUUAUUUAAGACUUUAUUUAUAGAAUUCUGUGAGAACUAAACCUCAUUUUAGUUUAUAUAGAGGCUUACAUAACUGUAUUAUUACGUGUAUAUCCAAUUAUGUGCAGAGUUAUACAAGAAUAGAUCAAAACAUAACCUCAAAGUUAUUAAAUGUUUACAUUUGUUUUACGAAAUGUUUCUGUGUAAAAACUUCGUUGGACAAGCGAAUUUAUGGAGGAAAUUGUUGACAAAUCAUGCUGCUUCGAAUAUAUUGCCGUCUUUUAAUAAUUACAGCGGUUUAGCAGUAUGCUCUCAAAAUAGAUGCCUGUUUAGUCACAAAAAUGAAAGGAACACAUACCACAUUACAAAGCUGACACCACUACACAGAAAAUGGUGUUCCAGAGGCUUAUUAGACGGUGAUGCUGGGGAUUUGUUGACGGUUCAGCAUAAUAGAGUGCAAAAGAAAAUCACAGAUCUGUUCCCGAUGCCCCGAGCGACACUAAAUGAGCUUACGAGUAAGACACCAAACCAGAUAUUUGAGAUACACUACAAACAAAACACUGUCGCACCUAAAGGAAGAAAGAAAGUAGUUCAGAACAAUGACUGGACUUGUACUUAUACAUUUGUUUGGCCCGAGAAGAAGAAGUUUGAAAGUACAGCAAUAUCAAAACGGAAAGCAGCAGAUAAAGCAGCGACGCAAGCUAUACACUGGCUCUUCAUAAACAAACGAAUAGAUGCCAAAGGCUGUCCCGUAUAUGACAAGAAUGUUCUAGAUGAUAUUAAGAAAGAUUUCAAUGAACCUUUGGAAGCGGCCAUUAGUGAUAAAUCUGUGAAACUAAUUGAGAAGAUUUGGAAGGAAUAUGAGAGUGGUAUAAAGGAUAUCUACGAAGCUACAUUCAAGGAAGCCAGACAGAAGAUGAUAGAAAUGCCUGCUGUAGUGACCAAAGAUUCCACUAUAGAUGAAGAUGAUUUCUCCGAAGAAGAAACUGAUGCAGUUGAAUUAGAGGAUGAUUCAGAAUUAAAACAGCACGUCCACCCAGUAUACGGUAGGAAUGUGCCGCCACCAACAAAAGCCGCCCUGGAGAGACGGGACCGCGCCCUCACUCGCAAGUUCAAAGCGUACGAUGAAGACCUCACUCCGUUACCCAUUGAUGAGUAUCGGGACCAAAUAAUAUCGACGUUAGAACAGAAUAGGGUGGCAGUGAUAGUUGGUGCCGCCGGUUGUGGCAAGUCGACGCGCGCGCCGGCCGCCAUACUGCGGCAUUAUGGGGCAACUACUAGCGCUAUAGUGUCUGAACCGCGACGCGUAGCUGCCAUGGGAUUGGCGGAGAGAGUGGCUAGCGAAUUGGGGGAAGAGGUAGGAGAAUCAAUAGGUUAUCAAGUUAGACUGCACUCGAAACCACCGAAGCCGCCUGGAGGGUCGAUCCUGUACUGCACGUCAGGAGUCCUGCUGCGAAGGUUGCAGGCCAAUCCAGGUUUAGAAGGCUGUACCCACGUGAUAAUAGACGAGGCCCACGAGCGUGACGUGAACACUGACGUCACGCUACUGCUGCUGAAGCGGGCGUUGGACAUCAAUCCGACGCUCAAAGUGAUCAUCAUGAGCGCUACUCUCGAUACUGGGGUGUUUACUAAAUAUUUCAACGAAUGCCCUAUAGUGGAAGUCCCAGGUCGUACGUUCCCUGUAGAAGUCUCAUAUCUAGAAGAUAUACAAAAGAGGUUUGGUUUAACCCUCCCGUAUACUACUGAGAUGUCUAACAAGGAGGAUGGGAGACCACAGGUGAAAUGUCAAGAGGUAGCAGAAUUAAUAAAAGCAGUAGACAAAAAAGAGAAGGAAGGCGCAAUACUAGUGUUUCUCCCGGGUUGGUCUGAGAUUAAACUGACAAAACAAUUGCUUGACGAACACUAUGGACAGUCUUCUAUGCAUAUGAUAUUGCCUGUGCAUUCUAGGUUAUCGACAACAGACCAAGCGAAAAUGUUCGCGACGCCGUCCCCGGGUAUUCGCAAAAUAGUGCUAGCUACUAAUGUAGCGGAGACCUCUAUCACUAUACCUGAUGUAGUGUACGUGAUCGACAGUGGAGCUCAUAAGGAGAAUAGAAUCAAAGAUGGGACUGGUACAGCAAGCUUGGAAACAGUGUGGGUGUCCUUAGCAGGCGCUAAACAAAGGACAGGUCGAGCCGGGAGAGUACAACCAGGCCACUGUUACAGAAUGUAUUCCAAAGAAAAAGAGGCUGACUUCGUACCGCAUACUACACCAGAAAUAUUGAGAAUUCCCCUCGUCCAAACAGUAUUAGAUUGUAAAUCGUACGCUCCGCACGAGAAGAUCGCCAGCUUCCUGUCACAGCUGCCGGAGCCGCCGUCCGACAAGUCGAUACGGUUCGCUGUCAAUGAUCUCGUGGAAUUGGGCGCCCUAACCCCCUCGGAACAGUUGACCCGGCUCGGCAGUAUCCUAUCCUCCGUAUCCCUCCACCCUCGCCUGGCCCACAGCGUGCUACAAUCUACAAUACUGGGCAACGUAGUAGCAGCCACGUACAUGGCGGCGCAUUGUUCCACGCAUACCGAGCUGUUCUGGAACGCUGCUGAUAGGAGGGAUGAAAUCCGCGAGAUAAAACGUAGUUACAGUCAGACUUCCGACUACGGCGCCCUCUACUGGAUACAAGAGGAGUUUGACAGAAUAUCGCAGGAGAGUGGCAGGGAAGGUUCUGACAAGUACUGUGAGAAGUACGGACUUAGAGGAGACAGACUUGCUUAUAUUAGAUCCCUAGCCUACCUCCACCUAGAACAGAUACUCAACACCUCAAUAAUAGCCCCCACGACUGAAGCUGAAGAAUUGAACCGGUUCUCCGACAUUGACGAGUUGCUGUGUGGCUCACUGAUCGCCGGCGCUGAUGCUUUGCUUACCACGAGGAAGCAUGUCAAGACUAAGGGGAAACUGAAGACUGUUGUUGAUGUUGUUACUAGCACAGGCGACCGAGCCCACAUAGGCACAGAGAGCGUGAACUACAACGUGAGCAAACAGCCCCACUCCCGCCCGCAUCUACUGGCGUACUUCGGCGGCACUCACUCCGUGGAGAGGAGGGCACUCGUCGUCUAUAGAACGUGUCUCGUCCCACCACAUACACCCUUGUUGUUCUGUCUUGGAGAUGUUAAAAAGGAAGAAAAUGGCGACACCACAAUGCUGACUUUGCCGAAACAUCACCUGCACAUUCAUGUACCAAACAGCCAAGCUGAUAGCCUGUUGAAACUACGAGAAAUGCUUUGGAAGACAUUUGAGUACCACAUAGAAAGGGAUUUACAGACUCUCGACUUUAAUGACCACGAAAUAGUGUCGAAAUUCAAAGUACGGCUUGUCAAGACUAUUGGGAGGGUACUUGUGGAAGCACAUAAGCAGUAUAUUGAGGGCAAAUCUGUGGUUGGAGAACUUAGUGAUGUUGAAUUUAGAUAAAAUAUAAAAAAAGUCUAAAUAAAGAAGGUUUUUUAA